AUGGCGCUCGAGGAGGCAACGCCGCUGGCCAGGAACUUUAUCAACUUUGUCAACAGGACAGGCUCCCCAUACCACUCCGUGCAGGCAGUCAGGGACUUCAUCGCCAGCUGUGGAUUCGAGGAGUUGCACGAGCGGGCGAGCUGGAAGAUGACGCAGGGAGGAAGAUACUUUGUGACGAGAAACGGCUCUUGCAUCGCCGCAUUUAUCGUUGGAAGGAAUUUCCAAAAGGAAGCUCCAGGGGGGUUCUGCGUGACAGCAACACACUCGGACUCACCCUGUCUUCGGCUGCGUCCUCGCGCAUUUGCUGAGAAGGAGGGCUACCAAAUGGGCAGCGUAGAGUGCUACGGUGGAGGCCUCUGGCACACCUGGUUUGACCGGGGACUCGGCGUAGCUGGAAAGGUGGUUCUUCACAUGGGUUACAAAGUUGAGGAGAGGCUCGUGCACAUACCAAAGCCUCUGUUUUACGUGCCGAGCCUCGCAAUUCACUUGAAGACACCCGAAGAGAUUGGGGCCGUAAAGAUCAACAAAGAACAGCAUCUGCAGCCUGUCUUGUGCUCCGUCAUAGCUGAGCAGCUGAACCAGGGCAACGGCAGCUCAAUUCAGGAAGGCGAAAGUGAAGUUCAACGACUUCCGCCUGCGUUGGAGCGUCUAGUCAGGCAGGAAAUUGGCAUGCCGGGUGCGACACUUUUGGAUUGGGACUUAUGUCUAAUGGACGCGACGCCUGGCCGGUUGUCAGGCAUUCAUUCGGAAUUUAUUGAAAGCCCCCGAUUGGACAAUUUAGCUUCAACUUUUGCCGCCUUUAAGGCCCUAGUGGAGGCGGGCCAGCGCCAGCGCCGGGGAGAGCAAGACUGUGGAGAAACAGACAUUUUGAUGGCUGUAGCCUUUGACCAUGAAGAAGUUGGGUCCGAAUCUCUUGCAGGCGCAAACUCAAGUCUUCUAGAGACAUGGAUGCGGAGGUCUCUCAAAGCCAUUGGUUGCGAAGACGCCCUACAUGAAAUCCUUGCGAAGUCCUUCAUCGUCAGCUCCGAUAUGGCCCAUGCGGUGCACCCAAACUACAGUGAAAAGCACCAAGCUCAGCACAAGCCUUCACUUCACAAGGAAAGUUCCGAGAGUGCCUGUAGCUUUCAUAUAUAUUUUGGCGUUGUUAUAAAGGAGAAUGCAAACCAAAGUUAUGCCUCCAGUGCAACUACGAUGUCCUUGAUUCGUGUAAUUGCUGGAGAGGCAAAUAUUCCUUUGCAAGAUUUCGUUGUUCGGAAUGACAGCAGAUGCGGUGGCACUGUGGGCGCGAUGCUGAGUGCUCGACUGGGAAUUCGCACAGUUGACGUCGGGAUAGCUCAGUGGGCAAUGCACUCGUGCAGAGAAAUAUGCGGAGUGACAGAUUUGAUGUAUCUGAAGGACUUGCUCGAGGCAGUUUAUUGCAACUUCCGACGUUGGGAUAGCAACUAA